UGAAUAGCGAUCUCGAAUACGACGAUUCUGAUCCUCUGGCCGUCGAAGCUGCGUCGUUUCGCCGUCACUGGAAGUUCGUAUGGACAGGCAGAUUCGGUUCUUACGAGGACAUCACACGCAUUCCCCCCAUGAUCUACACGGAAAGAAGCGUGAGCCUGGCCAUUCGCCCCUCGAACCCAUGGAAACACUGCAGGUCUUCUCGGUCAAAAUUGUGGAAACAGCACAGAGUUUGCCGUGGCCGCUCGAUGUGUUUGGUAUGGUCGUCGCCCGCGACGUGUUGGAUCACAACCGCAACAUCAUCUUCCACCGCACAGGGGAUAACUGCCAAACAAUCACCGCGGAGGUAAUUUCUCAUUCAUCGCGGCUAUUUGGUCUGGUCUGGUCUUUCAGCUCACCUUACUCUAGAGUCUCCACAAAUCCUAGCCGUGCCAUUGUGGUGUUGGAUCCUGUGCACUUUGAGGUUAUGUUGCAAGUGAAGGGCUCUGCUCAAUCUGAGGAUAAGGUUAUAAGCUUUCUAGUUGUGAAGUAUGAUGGUUAUGGGAAGGAGUCGCGUGUGCUUAAGCGUCUUUGCCCAAGCAAGCUUAGCACCGUGGAGUUGACAUUCGGCAGCAUUGUUCGCUCUGUGGAGGCGACAAUCAGUGUUCAAGUCGUUGCUGGGUCAUGGCCAGAUGGUUUUCGAGGCGAAUUUACUGCCAGCACCACUAGCUUAGAUGACAUGAAAAUCCAAUUGCUUGAUUUUGGAGACGGUAAGUUUCCUGUCUCUGCUGAUGGCAUAGUGAAGCUCUCACGCCGUGUUGUUUCUGUUGAGCUGAAGGGAGAGCUGAAGGGAGAGCUGAUAGUCUCUGUUAAGGCGGUUGGGGACCAAGCUGUGGAAUGGAGGGAUUCUAAAGUUUUUAGAGCUCAAAAAUCUAGCAGACGCAAGGCUGAUGUAGAAGUUGGCUCCUGUAAGAUGAAAGUUACUGUCGCCUGGUCCCUUCUCUCUGAUCGUCAAUAUUUUGGUGGUGGGUCAGCUCCCGAAGAAUUGCUUGAUUUGUGACGUGCCGCAUCUCCGUCUCCUUGACAGUGGCCUGGACUCGCAACAGUACGCAGCGCAGGUGGUGCAGGCUGUCUUCCGCUCCUCAAGUUUGCAGCUGCCAAUGAUCUUCUGUAAGCAAUAAUCUGUACUCCUUUUUCUAUAGAUAUUAUAUAUAGUCUGCCCGCAUGCACUGUUUAAAUCA